AUGAUUGCAAAGGUUUUCCUUCUUGCGCUCCUGGUCGCCGUUGCCAGUUCCACACCCGUGUCCCAGGACACGAGCAUGGUCGGAUACGGUGAAGCCGUUGGCAUGUUCCUUCAGGCCUGGAAGAAGAUCAUGCCCUGUGGCUUUCCUGCCGAGAAUAUUCCAGUAUUGGCUCCGUACACCCUCGACUUCGACUGGUUCCAAUACCUCUAUGAGCCGACUAAAGUUUUGGGUAAUGUGAGCGACAUCCGCAUUUCGGGUCUGGACGGUUUCCAGAUAAUGAGUAGCAGUUACAAUGCCAGCACGAUGCGACGCACCUUUGACGUCAUGUACCCAGAGAUUCAAGUCGUGGGUUCCUUAGCGCUGGAUGGCACUUUCAGCUUAGGCGGCCUUCCAUUGCCAGUGUACCACGACUUCCUCCUCAAUUUGAAGCUGACUGACUUGCGUUUUGUGGGCGAGUACACAUUUGCCCAGAGCCUCAGUAAUGCCAAUGGACUGCGCAUUAGCGAUUUCGACCUGAAAUACUAUAUCGGCGAUGUAAAGGCUAACAACUGGGACAAAUAUAUGGAUAUUGCCGCCAACAAAUAUCUGAACGACUUCAUCGGAUCUUUCUCUCUGUUAUUCUCUGAGGAGACUCAGCCCGCUGUUAACCCAUUGUUCGCCAAGUAUUGGCUGCCCACUAUCAAUGACCUGCUCUCCAACCUGGACAUCACCCAACUGACCAACUUCUUCGUUAUGCAAGCCGAGAUAUGGAAUAACGCCGGUUGCGCUGUUAAGGCUUAA